AUGGUGAUGGAGCGGCUGGCGGACUUCGUCAGCAAGUCCUUGGAAGGUGGCGAAGCGCCGGCUCCCCCGCAGGAGGUGGACUAUGACGACGGUGACGAGGAGGUGGAUAUCACAGCGCUGGAGGAUAAGGAGCCGCCGGCUAAGAGACCACGCAAUUGGUUGGUGUCUCCGCUGCCAGCGCAACAUUAUAAACGAGAGGAUGACGAUGAUGAUAGCAAGCACGAUAUAACGGAAAAAUCAUCGUGCGGCGUGGGAAACGGUGGGGGAAAGCAACGACGUUCGCGCACGAACUUCACUCUGGAACAGCUCGGGGAGCUAGAACGACUGUUUGAUGAGACGCACUAUCCUGACGCCUUCAUGAGGGAGGAGCUCAGCCAAAGGUUGGGUCUUAGUGAGGCUCGAGUACAGGUGUGGUUUCAAAAUCGCCGAGCAAAAUGCCGAAAACAUGAAAGUCAAAUGCAUAAAGGUCUUCUGGUAAGUGGUGGUGGUACUCCGUUGGAACCGUGUCGCGUGGCACCUUAUGUUUCGGUUCCUCGCCUUGGAUCCGCGCCUGGCCAGCGCCCGCCGCCGCCCCCGCUGCCACUCGCACCACACCCUACACCGACGGCUUUCGCGCCUUUUGACUCGGCAAUUUUGUCUGCAGCCGCACACCAGUACGCAAGUGCAGCUGCAGCAGCAGCGGCAGCGGCAUUGUGUCCGCCAUAUGCGGGAUUAGCGGCACUAGCAGCACGCUGUAGAUCUUCCUCGAUCGCUGACCUGCGGCUAAAAGCCAGGCGUCACGCAGCAGCACUCGCUGCAGCGCGAGGUUCCACACCACCGCCAUCCACACCCGCUCCCGCGCAUAUGCCCGCUGACACAUAG